AUUUUUGUUUCCUUUCCCUUCUUCAUUCCCUCUCCUUCCGUGGCCAUCGAGAACCGUCCGACGAGCUUCCUCUCCUCUCUCCUCAGCAGCAGCAGAAGCACGCACAGUGAGAGAGAGGCCGCGUUUCAGUGGAGUCAUGCUCGCCCCAUAGCAUAGCACUUCCCCCUGCAAAGAUGUUAUCCAAUUUUGCUCCUUCACCCCCUCUCUAUUUCCCUAUCCAUACCCCUCUCCGCCACGCCUCCCUCGUCGGCGCCAACCACACUUCCGCCCGCUUCUGCUCCCGCUAGUCCCCUCCCUCCCCCCCCCCCACCCCACGCGCCGCCGUUGUUCCUGUCCCUGAUCUAAUAUUAGAUCCGCCCUCUCUCUCUCUCUCUCUCUCGAUCUCGACACGCCCUUACCUCGGUCUGCUCGUGCACGCUCGCCCUCAUGGAGCCGGCCGCAGGAAAACAUAGCUUGCUGAGGAACGUCCUGGUGCGGGUGUUCCUAUUAGGCGUGCUGCUCAUCGGCGUCCGUUUCGCCUACGUCAUCACGAUCGCCGGCGAGUCCUGCAACCUCGGCGACUUCUGCUUCUUCUCCAUUCCCGAGAAUCUAAGCCUCGUCACCCCCAGCUCCGGCGUUGCCGUCAACCGCGCCGUCAGACCUGCCGGAACCGCCGCUCCCCCGAGCCGAGCCGAUCUCUACACGAGCAAGGACUGGAUCAAGGCCGUCCGUUUCUACUCGUCGGUGUUCCACGAUCUGGCGGCGGAGGGGUUCCUCUCACCGAGCUCGAAGUCCCUCUGCAUUGAGACCCCGACCGGACAGGACGUAUUUGCUCUGAAGGAGAUUGGAGUCGCGGACUCGAUUGGAACCUCGAAGAAGGCUUCAAAACCGCUGGUCAUCUCCCGCAAACCUCACAGCCUGCGGUUUGACGAUAACACCUUUGAUUUUAUCUUCUCAGGCGGCGGUCGCUUCGAUGGAUUAUCGCUGCCGUUGGACGUGGCCUCUGAGAUCUCGCGCGUGCUGAAGCCUGAGGGCGUCGUGGUGGUCCACGUAAGGGCUAACGAUACAUACAGUUUCAAUUCAUUCAUUGGUUUGUUCAAUUGCUGCCAGCUCUUGAAAUCGCAUGAUUUUGAUGGUUUCGACGCUUCUUUGCCGAAAAUACGAGAGAUAGUCUUGAAGAAAUACAGUGAUUUUAACAUUCUUAGCCAGCCGGUGAAGAAACCCGGUGGCAUUUCAUCAGCGAAUAAGUGCUUGGUCCCGGAUUAUAAACAACAACUGGUCCGGGACGCGGAGCCAUUGAUCCCAGAGGAGCCACUGAAGCCAUGGAUUACUUUGAAAAGGAAUUUGAAGAACAUAAAGUAUCUUCCCACACUUGUCGAUAUAAGUUUCAAGAAUAGGUAUGUGUAUGUAGAUGUCGGAGCUAGGAGUUACGGUUCUAGUAUAGGAAGUUGGUUCAGGAAACAAUACCCGAAACAGAGCAAGAAAUUCGAGGUGUAUGCGAUCGAGGCUGAUAAGACCUUCCACAAUGAGUACAAGUCGAAAAAGGGCGUCACUUUACUGCCGUAUGCAGCUUGGGUGAAGAACGAGACGCUGUCCUUUGAGAUAACCCGAGACCCCGGUCAGAAAGCCGAUGCCGAGGGAAGAGGGAUGGGGAGGAUUCAGUCGGUCGAAUCGUCAAAGACAUUUGACGGAGAGGUUGCCACCAUUCUGGGGUUUGAUUUUGCUGAUUGGUUGAAGAGGUCGGUGACGGAGAAGGAUUUUGUGGUGAUGAAGAUGGACGUGGAGGGGACAGAGUUCGACUUGAUCCCGAGGCUGAUUGAGAACGGAGCGAUCUGUCUGAUCGACGAGCUGUUCCUCGAGUGCCAUUACAACCGGUGGCAGAGGUGCUGCCCGGGCGAGAGGAGCUCGAAGUACGAGAAGACUUACGGACAGUGCUUGGAGCUAUUUAAUUCUCUCCGGCAAAGGGGAGUCCUAGUCCAUCAAUGGUGGUGAUAUGCGUUCUCUGAAUCCUACAGUUCCUACUUUUAAGUGUUUUCUUACCGUGAAAAAUAGCUUCUUUCUUUGAUCUCUUGAGCAAUUUUCGGGUUGUGUUUAGGUUCUACACAUUGUAAGAAUUGCUGCUGCUGCUGCUAAAGAAAAGUUCAAUUCAUACUCGCACAGAUUUAGCAAAUUAGAUUCAAAUGCUCAGCGUCUUUCUUUCUCCA